CCUAACCGCUCCUCUUUCUUUCUCCUUGUUCUUGUUCUCACUCUAAUUCUCUCUCUCUCUCUCUCUUUUCCCAUCUUCCAUUUCUAAACCAAGUACAGGAAUAGUUGUCUCAUUGUUAGUGGCUUAAAAUGAUGCUUUUGAACAAGAGGAUGCUGGGUGCUUUCGGUGACUAGUGCCAUCCCCACCUUCCUUUCUUCUGAAUUUCUGAGCUAUUAUUUACCAGCUCUCUCUUUUAUUCCCAUGGCUACUAAAGCUGUACAAUUGCUUUCUUUUCUAGGUCCUUAAGCCGUUUGCUAAUGUUACUUUCUGAGCGUUUCCAAAGCUGGGGUUCUAGGAGAGUUUGGUGCGCCUGAACGGCUGACCCAUGAAAUAAUGGAGUAGGGCAGGCAGGGUGGAGAGCGGGGCCAGCUAUCAAUAGAAGAGUGACCCCCGUCUCCACACAUGGCCAGCUAAUUGGCCAUUGUGGGAAAGCAUGUGUGUGUGAGGGGGAGGGGCUGCUGAGAAUCUCUAGUGACAGUUAGGUGGCCUUUGUGGACAGAACAACUAGGUUUUGGCUCAGAUUCUUCUUACCUCUUUGGGAUUUUGUUGGAUUCAUCCUGCGUUGCUCAGGCCCCAUCUUUUGCUUCCUUCUUUCAAGACGGACUACUACUUUGUGUCCUGGCCUCUGCUUUAUUUGUACGAUUCCCAAGUCUUAAGGAGACUGAGCGGGGCUUUGGCAGGACUGAGAAUCAGAUUUUGCUGUUUGUUGAAAAUUAUACAAAAGACUCUCAUGGCCUUCAAUCUACUCCACCUGUCUCAGUAGAGUGGUGACUGCCCGCUGACAAAGACAAGGGGUCCUGACUGAAGUUCCUCUUGUGUACAAUAUAUAUUUCCUUUAUCACAGUCUCCCUUCAUGUUCCCUGUUGCAACAGAAGUACAGACCUGUGAUUAAAGGCUAAUGCCUCCGAAAUAAUAAGACAUUACAAUGUCACAGGCUGCACCAAGCCACUUCAUCCAGGUUGUCUCAUCUAAUACCCAGGCUUCCUGUGAGGUAGGGAGGGAAAGUAUUUUCAACACCACCUGUCUGGAUUUGAUGGUCCCGAGGAGGUUGGAACAGGGAAUUUCCUACCCAUCCUGAAGAGGAAAGAAAAGCUAAGGGCCCGGGCUGCUGGUCUUUAGGUGAUGUGCUGUUGUGAGACCUAGGCUAUGCUGGAGGAAAGCCCUUGAAGCCUGCCUGGAGGAAGAAGCAUGCAGGGCACCCAAGGAGGAGGAAUAGGCCCUGGGCGGUCCCCUGUGGACAGACGGACACUUCUGUUCUGCAGCUUUAUCCUGGCUGUAGCUAGGGGCCAAGUGAAUUUCACAGGAGACCAGGUUCUUCGAAUCCUGGCCAAAAAUGAGAAGCAGCUGUCACUUCUCAGGGAUCUGGAGAGCCAGAAACCCCAGAAGGUGGACUUCUGGCGUGGCCCAGCCAGACCUAGCCUCCCCGUGGACAUGAGAGUUUCCUUCUCUGAACUGCCCAGUGUUAAAUUGUAUUUGAAGUCUCACGGCCUUGCCUACAGGGUCAUGAUAAAGGACAUCCAGGUGCUGCUGGAUGAGGAGAGAGAUGCCAUGGCGAAGUCCCGCAGGCUGGAACGCAGUACCAACAGCUUCAGCUAUUCCUCUUAUCACACUCUGGAUGAGAUAUAUAGUUGGAUCGACAACUUUGUAGCUGAACAUUCUAAUCUUGUCUCCAAAAUUCACAUUGGCAAGAGCUUUGAAAAUCGGUCCAUUCUUGUCCUGAAGUUCAGCACUGGAGGUCCAAAUCGCACGGCUAUCUGGAUCGACACUGGGAUUCAUUCCCGAGAGUGGAUCACCCAUGCCACCGGUAUCUGGAUCUCGCAGGAGAUUGUCAAUGCAUACGACAAAGACCAUGUCUUGAAAAAAGUACUGAACACUAUGGACAUUUUCAUAGAGAUUGUCACCAACCCUGAUGGCUUUGCUUUUACUCAUAGCAUGAAUCGCUUGUGGCGAAAAAACAAGUCAAGUCAACCCGGCAUCGUCUGCAUUGGCGUGGACCUCAACAGGAAUUGGAAGACAGGCUUUGGAGGAAAUGGUUCUAACAAAAACCCCUGCUCAGAGACUUACCGAGGGCCCGCACCUGAAUCAGAGCCAGAGGUAGCUGCAAUUGUGGACUUCAUCACAGGCCACGGGAACUUCAAAGCUAUGAUCUCCAUCCACAGCUACUCUCAGAUGGUCAUGUAUCCUUAUGGCCAUUCUCUGGAGCCUGUGCCUAACCAUGAAGAGCUGUUCAAUCUUGCCAAGGAUGCAGUACAGGCUCUCUACCAGGUUCACGGGAUCCAGUAUAUUUAUGGCAGCAUCAGCACCACCCUCUAUUCAGCCAGUGGGAUCACGGUGGACUGGGCUUAUGACAGUGGCAUCAAAUAUGCCUUCAGCUUCGAGCUCCGGGACACUGGACAAUAUGGCUUCCUGCUGCCAGCCUCACAGAUUGUCCCCACAGCAGAGGAGACGUGGAUGGCAUUACGGACCAUCAUGACACACACCCUGAAUCACCCCUAUUAGCCACAGUUCUCAGGCCCUAGCAGUUGGGGUUCAUCCCUUUCCCGGAAAGUCCUCCUGAAUUAAACAUCCCAUCCCCAGACUGUUAUUGGACCUUUUGCAAAUAGAAGCAAAUUUGAACAGGCUUCAAAUUUGCCUCUAGUGUUGGCUGCCAUCUCUUUGGAUGCUUAGGUACCCCCUCAGGACAGCUUGUCAUGUCUGGGACACUCCACCACCCUACUCACCCCCUGCUGCCUUCAGGAAAAUAUGAGGCCUGAGUUCUGCCUUUAUCUCUCUUUGCUCCCCAUUCCUGGGAACAGCCAAAAUAUACAUUGCCCUAACAUAUUUUGACAUUUUAAUAAAUCUGGAGGGGACUGGGCUUGAUUUAAACAACA